AUGAAGCAGGUAGACGCUACCCGCUUCAGGCUCCAACCCAUACUAGGAGCAUUCUCAUAUCGUCUCAAGGACGAGCACCAAGGACCCAUCUUUAGCCUCGCCACAGAGCUCGAUAAAGUCUGCGCCGACCUACACACAGGGACGCGCACAUAUACAUUCGUCGAGAAGCAGGUUAUCAACAAAGUCUGUCUGGAGAUAGGAGGAAUCAGUUUCAAGCAGAUAGGAAAGGAAGAGAGGCUGCAGGAAAUCGCCAAGGCUCUGGUCUUCAUCUCGAAAGCGAGAUAUUUGCACUUUUUGCAACAAAUGGAUGACAUUCUUCAUACAAACAUCGAGUCAGCACACGAUGGAAGUACCCCACGCACCUCGCAGCGCAAUUCACCAGAACCUGCACUAGGACCGCAGGACUCUGCAUCACAAGUCAGAGGACCAGCAUCCCUGACACCGUCACUUGUACCCACCUACGUUCCACCCAUCUGGGAGUUUGACAGACACCAAUUCGAGCACCUAGAAGAUGCUCUCAGACAGUCCACUCCCGAAGAAGUUCCGGACCACAUACGUGAAUGGGUAAUCGUUGCAAUGAAGCUCACAGUCACUACCGAAAUCGCCAAGGUCUACAAUGUGCUCAGAAACAAAAUGUACGAGCACAAGAAAGCCUUUGAAUCGCUGAUCCAAAACAACAAAAGCGAACACCGACUUAAGGAGGCAGUUCUCCAGACGGCGAUCGGGAAGCUUAAGGAUAGGAUCCUUGUGCAAGAUGCGCAUAUGGCAGUUUUAAAUGACAAGCUCACGGGAACCCAGGCAGCAAUGCUUGACAUGGGCAAAGAAAUGAUGGAAAUCAAGGCAGCUAACGUUAAGCUGUGGCAUGAGCUAGCUUCGCUCAAAGCAAGCGGCAUCACUACGAUGCAAGGUCAAACAUCCGGCAUGGUCCAAUUGAACAAGCCAUGCAUCAAAAUUGCUGAACCUCCACACUACUCGGGCAAAGGAAGUCUGGAGGACUGGCUCCAACAACUCGGUAUAUGGAUGCGGUGGAACGAGAUCAACAACGAUGAACACAAGAUUACCACAGCCUUACUGCACUUGGAAGGUGGCGCGCUCACGUACAUGUCUGAAUAUGCAACCAGGGCAGCAGCACGGCAGGCACUCGGCACAUGGGAAGACUUCGUCGACAUUCUCAAAGUAAACUACAGGACCCUCAACCCGGACAAGGAUGCACAGCAGCAUUUAAAGGAUAUCUGCGGCAAGACGUAUCCCACAAUGGUAUCCUUUGCAGAACAGUUCCGCCAAUGGGCCACUAAGACCAACUUAGAGCACACUGCACUCAUCGGUUACAUCGCUGAACACCGAAGCAAGGACGUACACCAGGCAAUGGUCACACGAGACAGCCUAGGAAUUUCUGACCCCAUCACGUGGCCGGAAUAUCUCGAUCUAUGUCUUCAAUUAGAGUCCAAGUUCAGAGCUGACAAGGCAGGACAGCACGGAACAGUAGCCACAUCAUCAUCAGCACCACGGACCCCAAAAGACCCCAACGCAAUGGUCGUGGAUCGAGUAUCCACCCUCACCAAGGAGCAAGAAGGAUGGCUGGAGAAGAAGCUGUGUGUACGAUGUGGGAAACACCCCUUCGUUUUUAAACAGCGAUGCCCCGACCCCAAGUACAAGGGCAAAUUCGAAAUGCCAAAGUGGGGCCAAGCAACAAGGGCAAUUUCUUCAAACACGGCCUCAGACAUCUCUGACAACAGCAAGGCGAGAUACGAAGCAGUCCGUGCUUUCAUCGCCAGCUACGACACGAAGGGAAAGGAAAAGGAGGCAGAACUGGAACCAGCUGUUGAAGCAGCUAGGAUCACGGAGGUAGAAGAUGAUGAGGAUUUUCUUCGGCGGGUUCUCUGA